CAUUCAACCAUUUUUAAAUUUCAAAUAAGCUUAAGAAUUCAUCUUAAAACCUCAUAAAAUAAGAAAAAGAUCCGAUUUUUUUGAUCAAAAUACAGAACUAACCAUGGGUAUCAAGGAUCUUCCUCUCAAGCUCAAGGGUUUUAGGCUGAAACGUUUGCCAUUAGGAGAAGGAAAGAAGAGCAAGAAAAGAGAGGCAAAAUCUAAGCCAUCAUGGAUGACACCAAUCUCACAUGGCUACCAUGUGGUUGAGGCUCAAUCUUUCAGAGUUGGCUCGGACGAGUCAGACUCUGACUCAGUCGUGGUACAAAGAGAACAGUUUGAUCAGCUCGAGCUGUGGUUCUUCGGAGUCUCCGAUGCUAGGAUUGGUGAUGGAGUCAACAACUAUAUUCAGUCACAUUUUUUGGACAAAAAGCCUAAAGAGAUAAGGAGAAGAAGCAAAGAGACAAUGAAGAAAGCAUACGUGGGUGUUAGAGCAAAGAUAAGAGAGAUUCAGAAAGCAGAAGAGAGAGCAAAAGCAGGGUCAGUUUCAGUGAUGGUGAUCAAUGGUGAGAAGCUUGUGAUUGGUAAUAUUGGAGAGUACAAAGCUGUGGUGUGUAGAGAUGGUGUGGCUCGUUAUAUGAGUGCCAAACACAAGCAUUUUUCAUCCCCUAAACGACAUUGGUCUCGCAGAUUUCUUUCAGUGAGGAUGUUGUCUUGUCAUUCGGGCAAUACAGCAAGCACCAUGCAAUCUAAAGCCUCGGAACUCCUUGUUGGGGGUGAGAGAGUUGACUCUGAUACUGAAUUUGUCAUAUUAGCCAGCAGUGGCAUUUGGGAGGCAAUGAAGCCUCAAGAGGCAGUGAAUCUGAUAAGGCACUUAGAGGACCCACAAGAGGCUGCAGAGUGCUUGGCCAAGGAAGCUAUCACUAGAAUGAGCAAGACCAACAUUUCUUGCUUGAUCAUUAGAUUUGACUGAAUCCUCUCCUCUCCUCCAUUUUUACUUGUAAAAAGCUCCUCAAUUUUUACUUUUGGGAGUUAUUUUCCUACUGUUCUGUCACUCUUUUGAUGUCAAGAGAAGUGUAAAAGAAAGAUCUUUGUUAUCAAAACUGUUAAUUGUGAAAAUUUCAAUCUUUUUUUUUUUCAUUUAAAGAACAUCUUCAAAAACA